UUUAUAUCCCUCUUUUCUUCAAAUGAGCUCAAGGAGGCCUCCCACCAUCAUUUUAUCGUCACAGUGAAGCAGAUUUGACGGGAAUAUCCAGACUGGCCCAAGUUCACCAAGUGAGCUUCAGGACUGAGGAUAUGGAGUUGGGUCUUCCCAGUCCCACUGCAACCCAGGAGUCUGGAAUCUCAGGUGGGGAAGAGCACAUGGCCCACAUUGGAACCUGCCUUGUACCAGGUCAACCUAAUUGGCCCAACUAACUCAGCAUUGUCUACACUGACUGGCAGCAGCUCUCCAGGUUUUCAGCCAAGGUCCUCUCCCAGCCUUACCAGGAGAUGCCGCUAGGGAUUGAACCAGGGACCCUCUGCUUUCAAGGCAGGAGCUCUACUGCUAGGCUGUGGCCCUUGUCCUCUAGGCCUCUGUCCAGGUGUCAAGACUAUCCCGGGUCACACCCCUCCCUGGCCUUGCUCUGUGCCCUCCUCAAGUGCUUUUGCCUGGCUGGAACAUGAAAUGUGAGCAUGCCUGGAUGGAGAAAGAUUGCCAGUAAGUGGUGAGAAGAGGAAGGCAUGGGGCAGAGAUACCGGGUCCGAGCUGUGAAGUGUCAGCUGCUGGUGGCGAGCUUCUUUGUGAUGGUGCUUGGGGUCUCCCUCACCAUACUGACCAUUAUCACCUACUAUGGGAAGCACUUCACCGUCAUCAGUGAGGUCUCUUUGGAGAGGAACCUCUACAAAAGAACUUUGCUUCACCGUGGAGUUUUUUUUGCUGGGAUAUGCCUGAGCAUCCUUCUGAUCGUCGCUGCCCUACUGAGUGUUGUUGCCACAGUGAGAGAACUGGAGAGUGCCAUGGCAGCGGUUUUUUUCUGUUUCGGAGUGGUUUUCUGUGCGUCGGUAAAGGCCACGUAUUGGUCAAUUACUAACGGUAUUGUGGCUGAAGAUGCCAUGAUGGAUGUGUAUGACAUCGUGUAUGAAGAUGUGAGAAGCAACUCUUCCAACACCAGGAGACAGGAGCUACAUACCAUCCACAAAACGUUUCUCUGUUGUGGGAAAAAGCCACCCUUUGGAGAAGCAAGCAGGAUUGAAAAAGAGAUGUGCCAAUCAGAAGCUGUGGGAACAGAAAAGGAUUGCCUAGAAGAGAUCCAAAAUUUCCUGAAAAAACAUAUGACUUUUGUCUCUGUGCUGAUGACCAUUACAAUUUUCUUCAUGGUGUAUGGGAUGAGCUUAACUUUGUUCCUCUGGUACGCUAUCCACUUUAAGAAGAGUUUGGAUCGGAAGGGCAAAUACACGCUGCCAAAGCAAUAGGAAUUUGGCUUUAGACUUCUGCACCACCAGGGGAAAAGAGCAAGACUGUUGCAGACUCUGAGAAACUGGAAUUUGUGCCACGACUGUGGGUGGAUGCUGGGUGGUCCUAAUCAGUCCUCCCUCCAACACACACAAAUGUGCCAUCUCAGAUGUGACUGUGAACUCCCAUGAUGCAACCAAGACAGCUGCAGCAUCUGUCAACAAAGACUGGCUAAAGUGAUGAUCAGGCAGCAGAAACAUGAAAUGCUGAGUGGAAACAUGGAGGCAGGGUAUAAACCAGGAACGAAGGACUUGCCCAGCCGCAAGAGUGUUUGCCAACUGAAAGCCAUCAUUUAGAGCCCUCAAAAUAGCUAGUCAAAACAGAACAACAUACCCCAGUGAAAAGUAAACUCAAGGAAAUGGAAAUUACUUGGUUCAAUAACCAGUGAGAAUAUUUUAAGGCUCAGGAGAGAGAGAAAACAGCAGCUUGCUUUACAUUAUUAUUUUAAGCAGUUUUAUAGCCAUUUCUGAACAUGAAUCAGACCCUAUUUGCAUAUUUUGUAAGCUUCCUUGGUUUGAAUACGUGAAGAUGCUCUAAAUAGGGAAGAACCCAUUUGUUUAAUUCAAACACACGCACAGUUGUGACAGAAAUGGGUGCUGUUAAGUUCUGUUAGGCCUAUGCUGCACCCCACCUAAAUUUAGUCAUGAUGAGUAAAGCCGGAAUCCUAAACACGCUCACUGAAGAGCAAGCUCCACUAAAUACAGCAUGAUUUAUUUCCAUGAUUUACUUUACUUAGUCAUGUUGAGUAACUUAAGUUCAGUUGUAGCCAAUGGAAUUUACAGCUCAGCCCAAUUCCCAUUAAUUUCAGUACAACUUGCUCCUGGUUAACUGUGUAUAAGAUUGCAACGUUAAUCAUAACUUACUUUAGCUGGCUACGCAGGUUGGAAAUGUAGAUCUUAAAUGGUAACUAUGCAAGUUGUAAUACGCUGUGCCUCCAGUUAAGAUCUAGAAUGAAACAGCACAAAUUAGGAAUAUGCUUUUAUUCUUUUGAUUUAAUACCAAAGCCAUUCCUUUUAUAUUACUCUGAAUUCCUGUAAAUAAAAUGUAUUUGGUUAA